GAAGCAUUGCUUCGAAGUCGCCCAUCACUACCUAAAGGUGGCGCAUUAUUUUUUAUCAUACGCGUUUCAAAAACGAGACGCUCUUUAACGCAAACUUCACUUCACUUAUUUGUUUUCAUACGUUGUUGCCAUUGGCGGCGGGACGCUUGAAAACAGCUGAAUACAUAAAUAUGUCCCCUUUUUAUUAUAAAAUAGCUUUAUAGGUAGUUUUGGGAAUUUCAAGUUUAACCUUUUACAUACAUUACUACCCGUACGAACCUAUAUUAAUAAUUUUGACUACUAAAUAAAUGAAUUAAGGUAAAAUGAAACGCAAUUCAUCUUCCUGAAUUGCUUUAGCCACCAGUAAAGAUAGUGAUCUUACAUGAUAAAGUGUGGUAGGACACUUUGAGCGGUACUAUAUAUCCGUCGAAAUGCCACCUAAGAAGCAAAAGGACCCCACAGCAAACAUCUCUAGCUCCAUUGAGUCUGAGGACAUCAGUCUGGAGACAACAGUCCCCACGGAGGAGAUAUCAUCCUCAGAUGAAAAAGAUGGUGCACAGAAAGUCACAAAGCAGCUUCUGGAACGAAAAGAGCUGCUACAUAACCUUCAAAAGCUUAAAAUAGAAAUGUCACAGAAAAAUCUGCUAAUAGACAACCUUAAAGUCGACCACCUUACCAAGAUAGAAGAGCUGGAAGAAAGGCUCAACGAUGCUCUUCAUCAAAAACAGGUGCUUGCUUUGCGCCUUGACAGCCAACUUAAACUACAGCAAGAUGAAAACAGGAAGCAGCAGGCCCUGAGGAAACAAGAGAUGGACACCAUAAUGCUCAGACAGAAGCAGCUGGAAGAGACGAACCGUCAGCUGUGUGAGCGAGCAGGGGACCUCCGCAGAAGCCUAAGAGACCUAGAGCUCUCUGACGAAAAGUACAAUGAGCUGAAGGAACUUCCUGAGGACAAACUCUCCAUUCCUGAAUAUGUGGCAGUUCGGUUCUAUGAGGUUGUGAACCCACUGAGGGCUCUUGUGACUGAGCUGCAGGUGAAAAAGACCAACCUGACUGAGGAUCUGGAGAGUUAUCGUAACCAAAUAAAAUCAAUAAUGGAGAGUUAUGAGGAGGAGAGAAGAGCGCGUUCUGAGCUGGAGAUUCGCUGUCAGAAACUCACAUUGGAAUUUGCUGACACCAAACUACUUAUUCAGGAAGGAGAUUACAAACAUGAGAACUACGACAAAAUCAAACGAGAGAGAGAUGGGUAUGAAACUGAGGUGAGAGAGUUGAGAAAGAAAUUGGAAAAGUUGGACCUUACACACACUGCAGUGACCAAAGAGAGGGAUGACCUAAAUAAAGAGGUGGUUACACUGCAGCAGUCAGUGACAUUAAUGCAGAAGGAUAAGGAAUAUCUGAACAAACAGAACAUGGAGCUUAAUGUGCGCUGUGCUCAUCAAGAAGACCGUUUGGACAGGCUGCACACCCAGCUCGAGGACACCAAGAAAGCAAGGGAAGAUGCUUAUGAAAAAUAUGUGGCAUCUAGGGAUCACUAUAAGACAGAGUAUGAAAACAAACUAUUUGAUGAACUAGAGCAAAUUCGGCUGAAGACGAGUCAUGAGAUUGAGAGCCUGCAGAGGGCGUCCAAAGAGAUGUUUGAGAGAGAGAACAGAAACCUUCGUGAAACUCGGGAUAAUGCCGUCAUUGAGAAAGAAAGAGCCUUGAAUGCAGAAAGAGAUGCCCAAGCCAAAUAUGAUCAACUCUUAGAUCAGUUCAGGCAGGUACAGCUGGGUUCAGACAGCAGGGUGGCAGAACUUGUUAACCAGGUGAAGCUUAAAACGUUUGAGUUGGAGCGUGCCCAGAUGGUCCAGGAGGAGACAGCCAGGAACCUCAGCCUGUGUCAAAUUGAGUGUGAAAAACACCAGAAAAAAAUGGAGGUUCUAACAAAAGAGUUUUAUGGGCUACAGAAAUCAUCAGAGAAAUGCCUCACUGAACUGCAGGCUCAGAAUUCUGAACAGCAGGCAAGACUGAAGACAUAUGAGCAAAUGGAAAAUGACCUGGAUGAUGUUACCAUGCAGGCUGCAGAAAUGGAGAAUGAAGAUGAGGCAGAGAGGGUUCUGUUUUCAUACGGUUAUGGAGCAAACAUUCCUACAACUGCUAAAAGAAGACUAAAGCAAAGCAUUCACUUGGCACGCAGGGUUUUGCAGCUGGAGAAACAGAACACACUGCUCAGGAGAGACCUGGAGCGGCAGACAGCUCACAGCAGUCAGAUCUCUGAAGAGUUGGUGGCGGCCAACCAGCUACUUCAGCAGGCCCAGCAGCCGCACAGCUACCUGAUAGAGACUGUGAGACAGAGAGAUGGUCAAAUUCACAUGUUGAAAGAGCGUGUCGCGCGGUUAGAUGAGGAAGUGAGUGCACUACGGAAAGAGAAGAUUGCACUGCUGCAAGUGAAAAACAACAUGGCAGCUGAUCUGGAGAGACUUCUGAACCACAGAGAGGAACUGUCUGUGAUGAAGCAAGUCCUGAUCAGCAUGCGCUCACAACACCAAGUUGGGACUGUAUCUCUGUCUGAGCUUGAGACAGGUGGUACUGGUACAGCGGUUCACAGACAGAGACCAGUUAAAAACACAGAUGAGGAGCAAUACAACCAUGGCCCUAAACCCACAGUGUUUACUAAUAAAGAAGUUCCAGAUUGGUGUAGAAAAUCACAACGGAAAACCAAAUGAUAGAGACUUGUUUAACUCGUUUAAGAGUGCUGGGAUACAUGUCAUGCAAUCACUGAUGAAAGUAUGUUUAAGCUACUAGAUUAGAUAUAUUACAUAACUAGUUACGCAGGUUUGUGUGUUUAUGUGGCCAUCAAGUAUGUAGCUAAACCCUAAACUAAUUUUUUAAAGAUUUUUUUUCAAUCUUCGUAUUAAAUCACUUCUGCUGUAAA